AUGAUCUCAACUGGACGAGGAGGAGCUGGCAACAUGGUUCUGCCCAGCGAUAUUCCCAAGAAAGCAUCUCCACCUGCCGAGCAUAAACAUGAUCACAAGAAAAUCUACUAUUCCACUGGAAGAGGAGGUGCUGGUAACAUCAAAUCAUCAGACGAAAUCCCCUCACCGAAAUUGGUACCCCAAGGUUCCAACACUCCUGCCUUAACCACUCUGAAGUUCACAACUGGAAGAGGAGGCUAUGGAAAUAUGGUCAGCAACGAUGAUCCUGAACUUGCCCGCAAGUUGCAGGAUGUUGAUGGUAACAAGCCUAGUGAAAGUGAGUUGCAAGCAGUCACCUCCAACAAGUCUUUUUCUGUUGGAAGAGGAGGUUUUGGCAACGUGAUCUCCAACACCCGUUCGCAUGGUAGCAGUACCGGAUCUGGCUCCAACAACUUGUACGCCGUUGUGAGUCACGGAGAAAAGAAGAAGAAGCAAAGCGAUAAGAAGGGGUUGAUCAACAAAGUGAAGUCGAUCUUCUCCUGA